GCCAUUUCGGCGGGGGCGGGAGCGGAGCCGGCGCCAUUUUGUCGCGGGCGGCUGAGGGAGAAGCGGCGGCGGCGGCGGGAGCGGGCGGAGCUCAACGCCAGCCCCGGCCCCGCGCCGGCCCCACACCGGCCCCGCAUUCACCCGCCCGCCCGCCGGAGCUCACCGGAGACCUGGCGACCGUGUGCUUCGAUUCUCUGAAGAUGGCUGCACAGUCAGCACCGAAGGUCGUGCUAAAGAGCACCACCAAGAUGUCUCUGAACGAGCGCUCUUCCCGUGGGUCAUUCCGCUGGGUUUUUCCACGCGUGGCUCCUCCGUGACGACUAACGGGUGUCCCGCUCUCCCGCUGAGCGCGCUUUGGGAUGGGGCAGCUCCUGCGCUGCAGGGAGGUGUGGCCCGAGCUCAGGGACGCCAUGCUGGCUCCUUCCCUCCCUGUGAGCCCAAACUCCUCGUUUUUAAGGGGUGCAUUUUGCUGUCCGGCUCCCUGGGUGCUGCUUUAUUUACCGCCUCGCCGCGUGCUCGCUCUCGGAUGGAGAAAUUAAAACGCCACGUGAAUUCCCGAGCGGCCUCGUUUCCUGGGUGGCACUCAGGAGAUGCUCUGGGUGGUGGAAUUUUGUACAGUCGUGGAACUGCUAAGGUUGGAAAAGGCUUUAAGGUGAUCCCUUCCAGCCUGGCGCCGGAGGACGCCGAGCAUGGCAUCUUCCCAACCUACCUCCUGGCCUGGAAUUUUUGACGCUUUUCCCAGAUUUUUUUUUGGGGGGGGGUUGAUUUGGCUUUUGCUGUCCUGUUCCUCCCCCACCCUGUCACGACCAUCCCCGCUUCCUGCUGGUUGUCACCCCUUCUGCCAUCUCUAAACCCACUAACCUCCGGCUUUCUCAUUCCCACUGAAAACUUCCACCUCAUUCCUGCCUCUCCGGGCCUCGCGGCCAGCGAGGGAUCCGUAAUCCCAUAAGUGCCACUCUUUGCAUAAGGUUCAUGGGAGCUGGAGCCCCACUCGAGCACCGUGAAAUGCCGAUAAUUGUGUGUUUAAAGCUUUAAUUAAACCCCGUUUUAUUCGACCUUGAAGCUUCACUAACAUGCUGAAGAACAAACAGCCGAUGCCGGUGAAUAUCCGGGCCACCAUGCAGCAGCAGCAGCUGGCCAGCGCUCGAAACAGACGUCUGGCCCAGCAGAUGGAGAACAGACCGUCUGUGCAGGCCGCUCUGAAGCUCAAACAGAAGAGCUUGAAGCAACGCCUCGGCAAGAGCAACAUCCAGGCGCGGCUGGGCCGGCCGGCGGGGACGCUGGCCCGAGGAGCCCUGGGGGGCCGGGGGCUGGCCCUGGGCCAGCGGGGGCUGCCCCGGGGGGCGCUGCGGGGCCGCGGCGCCCGGGCCAUGAUCCGAGGAGGGGCGGCGCUCCGAGGUCAAGGCCUGCUGCGCGGCGGGAGAGGGAUCGCCCCCCGGAUGGGCCUGCGGAGAGGCGGCAUCAGGGGCCGCGGGGGCCCGGGAAGAGGCGGCCUGGGCCGGGGCGCCAUGGGCCGGGGAGGGAUCGGCGGCAGAGGGCGCGGCAUGGCCGGGCGCGGCCGGGGCGGCUUCGGCGGGCGCGGCAGAGGCCGGGGCCGCGGCAGAGGCUCGGCGCGCCCCGCGCUCACCAAGGAGCAGCUGGACAACCAGCUGGACGCCUACAUGUCCAAGACCAAGGGACACCUGGACGCCGAGCUGGACGCGUACAUGGCACAGACGGAUCCCGAGGCCGCCGACUGACCGGCCGGGACUGCCGGGGGGGGGGAACUCGUCCCGAUGGGAAAUUCAGACUUAGUGUGUUCUUCGAUGUUUUGAUACUCUCUGUUGUAUUAAACUUUUUUUGGAUUGUU